GUUUCCUUUACAAGUUUUUUUUAUCUCAGCAUGAGAAAGAAAGAAAGAAAAAGGUACACUUUGCAACAUAGGUGUGAAACAAGUUAUCUUUUUUUAUCAGUCAAUUCUGCACUUUUGAAUCUGGUUCCACGUUUUAUGCCAGCUUCAUUUAGUUAUCUGCGUAUUACUUUGAUGCCUAGAAAAAACAUUCCUUACUUGCUGGUAUAUUUAAAGUGUGCAGAAUAUAGUUUCCUUAGCUCCCAUCACUUUCUUUCCAAAAUAUCAACAUAUAUGAAACAGAGAGUUGGUAUCAACUCACCAACUUGCCAAACUUUAAUGCUAACAGAACAUGGCGGAAGCACUGAACGAGUCGCUGGAAUACACGCCAACAUGGAUUGUUGCAGUUGUUUGCUUCAUCAUUGUUUUCAUCUCUUUUUGCGUUGAGCGUGCACUUCACGAGCUUGGAAAGUUCUUAAGGAAGAAAAAGCAGACAGCAUUAUAUGAAGCCUUAACAAAAUUGGAAGAAGAAUUGAUGCUUCUAGGGUUCAUUUCCCUUUUUAUAACGGUCUUUCAAGGGAUAAUAAGCCAAAUUUGCAUGGAACCUAAGUUUGCAACUCAAAUGCUUCCAUGCAAGAGGCCUCAUGGGUCUACUGAAGGUUCAGAGCAUUAUCAGAUAUACUAUGACAAUAUAAUCAACAAAAGACGCCUUUUUUCUACAGGAACCAGCUCGGGGCAUUGUACGCAACAGGGGAAGGUUCCACUGCUAUCACUGGAAGCACUACACCAUCUUCACAUUUUCAUCUUUGUAUUGGCAGUUGUUCAUGUUGUAUUUUGUGUCAGCACAAUGAUUCUUGGAAGUGCAAGGAUCCGCCAGUGGAAAGUUUGGGAGGAUCACGCUAGGAAGAUGAUUACAAGUUCAAGAGGUCCAACACUCAGACACGAGAUAGAUGAGUUCUUCAAUGAACAUGCUCAAGGAUAUUGGAGAAAAUCAGCUGUUGUUAGUUGGCUGAUAUCAUUCUUCAGGCAAUUUGAUGACUCUGUGGCAAAGUAUGAGUACCUUGCUCUGCGGGACGGAUUUGUCAAGGAACACUUCCCAGACAAACUUGAUUUUGAUUUUCAUAAGUAUAUGAUUCAGACACUUGAAAUUGACUUCAGAAAAGUUGUAGGAAUAAGCUGGUACCUGUGGCUCUUUGUUGUGUUGUUUUUGCUGUUGAAUCUUGAAGGCUGGCACACUUAUUUCUGGCUAGCCUUUUUACCAUUGAUAAUUCUACUUCUCCUGGGGGCAAAGUUAAAGCACAUAAUCACUCGUUUAGGGCAGGAUUCAGUAGAAAGGGAAGAAGAUCCCACUAAACAAGUGAAGCUAUCAGAUGAAUACUUUUGGUUUGGUCGCCCAGUCAUUGUCCUUGACUUACUUCACUUCACUUUGUUUCAAAACUCUUUCGAGAUUGCUUUUUUCUUCUGGAUUUGGAGCACAUAUGGAUUUGAUUCAUGCAUUAUGGAGAAACUAGCCUACAUCAUUCCAAGACUCAUAAUGGGUGUAAUAGUUCAAGUGCUUUGCAGCUACACCACCUUCCCUCUGUACACUCUUGUGACUCAGAUGGGUAGCAGGAGCAAGAUUGACAAGGUUGAUGUUAAGGUGGAGUCAUCUCCCUUGAUAAGGGCUGACAGAAUGACUAAAGAAUCAACCCAGCAUCCUCAGUUUGAUGAACAAGCAAUAAUGAUUGAGGGAGAUGCAACAACAUAUACAAUUGAGCUUCCCCGGAUUCUUCCAACUCCUUUGGAAAAGAUCUAAUGCAUUCAAUACUCAGUAGUUAUUCUUUGAUAAAUAUUCACUAGUCCAUUGGGAUUCACUUCACUUAUUGGAGAGGAAAGAGUGUCCAUACAAUACUAACAUGGUGUUGAAGGUUUAUUGCAUCAUUAUCCCCAUAAAGAAGAGUUUUUGAGAUGAACAUUUUAAGAACACAUUUGAUUUGAUUCUGAAAUUAUUUUUAGUUGUUUGUAAAUUACUCUUUGUUGGUUAGAUUAUUUGAUUGUACCUUUAAUUGGACCAUUGGAUUUGGCUACUUUGCUUAAGGUUUGUUGUUUCCUGGAUUA